AAGGAGGUGCCACCUACACGUGGGACUGGAUGAGCUCUUGUUUCUCUGGCACUGCGAGCGAUGGCACCGUUUUGUCAACGCGCCUAGCCUGGGCGUGUGAGUACCGUGUGUGCGUCUGCAUCUUCUGGGCCGGCUUGUCCAUGCCGGUGCGUGCUCGUGUCGUGUUCUAGCAGGCACAUUCACGAUUCGUCCGUCUAAGCUUCUUACAGCCGAGCGAACACAUAAUGUAAUUUUUUAACCCGAAAUUGGAAACUUUUUUUUUGCUGCCGGUGCAAAGUUCCUGGCACUGUGAAAAUCGUGCGCAGAGGGGAAAGCAGUGGCGACGCAGAAGAAAUCAUCUGUCAGAGAGUUCACUUCACUCCAUCUCGAUGGCCCACGGCUGACGUUUUAGCAUUUAAGUCAGAGGGCAUCACUCAUCUGUAAAAAAAAAAAUCAUCCGAAAUUCGAGCACAGCUGCCGCUGGAUCCAGGAGGUCUUUUGCCGGUCACUCACAGCGCGCCCAGCUGCGUCCUGCAACGAUGAGCUGUCCAACAAAGUGCAAGAAACAGAUCGGAGUAAUCAUGAGACAGUGCCGAAAGAUCAUCACCGGGGCAAAGGAAGGAACGUGCUGGGCACGGAAGCAUGUGAAACAAUUCACCAUGCCCCUGGAAGGGCUGGAGAUGAUGGCCGUGUUCAUGGUGGUGGUGCUCCUGCUGAGAUCACUCGUGCAGUUUGGGAUGAGGGAGAAAGAUGAAGAGAGCACGGAGGACGAUCUGGAGCUGUCCCCCAUGUGCCACCGUCCGGAGGGGCUCGAGAUCCUGCAGGAGCAGACCAAGUUCAACCGCAAGGAGCUGCAGAUCCUUUACCGCGGCUUCAAGAACGAAUGCCCCACGGGCCUCGUGGACGAGGAAAUGUUCAAACAAAUCUACGCACAGUUCUUCCCGCAAGGAGACGCCAGCACCUACGCGCACUAUCUCUUCAAUGCCUUCGACAAGGAUCACAGCGGAUCGCUCAACUUCGAGGACUUUGUGACCGGGCUGUCGAUACUGCUGCGUGGCACACUGAACGACAAGCUCAACUGGGCAUUCAACCUGUACGACAUCAACAAGGACGGCUACAUCACCAAGGAGGAAAUGAACGACAUCAUAAAAUCCAUCUACGACAUGAUGGGCAGGGGCACGUACCCUACGGUGCCAAUGAGCGCUCCCGAGGAGCACGUUGACAAAUUUUUCCAGAAGAUGGAUCAAAACAAGGAUGGGGUUGUGUCAAUAGAAGAAUUCAUGCAGGCCUGCAAAAAUGAUGAAAACAUCAUGCGCUCAAUGGCCGUCUUCCAGAACCUGCAGAUAUCAUGAGGCGUCGCCGGAGAAGUGAACGCCGUGGCUCCCCCGUGCAGCCUCACGGCCGCACAUUCACACGUUUUUAUUUAUUUAAAACCUGAACAGGUUUCUUACGCUUUGCAAAAAAAGGCAGGCGGGUGCGCGACACGUGCAUGACUGCCGUGUUUUGCUAACGGACGGAAGGAUUUGGUGGCGAGCGAAAGGAGGGGGAGGGGGGGGCAUUUUUCCGCAAGCGCGCGGAUCGGGCCGUUCCUUGAGACACCGCUUUUGGCGGAGGUGUUGGCAAUCUGGGGCCAAACCGUCUGGUUGUUUGGUCGGCCGUAAAAGCAAAAAAAGGGAAGUGCGCUUGUUGAAAUUUCGAAUCAGCGGGCGGUUUGUUUAGUGACGUUCAUGCGCACGUGACACUGGCAUUUUUAGCACCGGUACCCGCUCACGCGAUUUAUCACACUCGCUCACAUGUUCGCAAGGAAGUCACGUAGGUCCUGCCCAAGUGCGAUCGGUGCCCAUGCGCUGGUCGGAGGAUGCUCGCGACACGCGGUCUGCCGACAUUACGAGUCGUGCCACCACCAACCCCCCCCCCCCCCCCCUAGCCGCCCCCAGCUGUCGCUAUGCCUUAUCCAUGAUAUUAUCUCUGCCAAUAUGAAAACAAAACGUUAUAUUUUGUGGCAGCAGCUGGGCUCCUGCCAAAAAACGUCUCUACACCGCGAGGUUUCGCCAGCCAACCAGCCGGGCGCACUGCACAGCCCCAUCAUCUGGAUCGAGACGGUAUGAGCGAAGACGCUCGAUGACAAAUAAGACCUUCUUCACGAGACUGCGAGCAAAGAAAGCCACCUUCCACUCCUGCCUGUCUCGCGCCUGCGACGUUGUGUCGUGGUUGACGAUGAGUUGGUGUGGAUGUGGGGUGGUGUGGGUGGGUGGGGGGCUCUUUCUUUGGAGUCUAUGUCGGUGGUGGAAAAUAAGCGGCUGUGUUUGUGGAGUUUGGGUAUUUCUGAAACGCGUGGCGUUUGUCUAAAAGCAGUCUAUUGGUGAAAAAAUGAGUAAAUAAGUGAGCUUUUAUUGGACUUGUGGGUAGUCUGCCAAAACACCAUUUAUAUUUUAUAUUAGAAGUCUAAACUUGUUAAGCACCUCUAAAACAAAAAAAUAUCACCAAGUUACCAAGUAUACAUUCUGUGUGUGCCAAAAACAGUAUACUGGAUUACAUUUGUUCCGGAUGUUCUAGCCUCCAUAUACGGGAUGAUUUAUCCCCUCAGAAUGUCCAACAUGUAUGUAUGGAAUUUAAAUUAGGUUACCAAAUAUUCAAAGUUAGAACAUCGAUAUAAUUGGCAUGUAACAAACUGAAAUUUAUACUUUUUGAGAGGAAAAAAACUAAGAGACACGACAUACAUGUGCAAGAAAGUACUUCAAUUAAAUAUAUACUGUGUUAUUAACAGGCACAACGUGUACGAAGCAGAACACAGCACUGAACAACAUUACAUGUUUAAAAUACAUUUACGACAUCCUGAAAAGUAGAUGAUCUAUUUAUAGACACCCUACUCAUUUAGAAUUUCCCUCUUCUCAACAGCUGAUUGAAUACUAUGAAAGCGACGGCUUCGUAUCUUACCGAGAAGAGCUGUUAAAAUAUUUCUUAAGUUUAUUAUUGAGAAUGGUGGAAGAUGUUUCGAGGCUUUGAAAUACAAUGUUUUCUCUAUACGUAGAUGUAUAAAUUAUUUCAGUUGGGUUUCUAAAAAUGGAUCACCCUGUAAAGUACAUGAGGGGCCUAAAAUAAGCUUUGAUAUUUACUCGGCUGGUUUUUUUUUUGGUCUCAAGAAGGGUAAUGCCGACGUUAUGGCUUAUCCCGGUCUGCUUACCCCUGAUAACUGACAAAUGGCACAGAUGAAGUAGGGUUAGCUAUCAUAUCAACACCAUUCUUAGUGCAGUGGGAAGUAAAGUACAGUAAAUAUUGCUUUCUCUUGAAAUUAAAACGUACAAUUGUGAAAUCAAACCAGAAAUGCAGCUGGAAAUUAUCACCUUACUUCAGGUCACCAAAAACCCUGUCGCCCAAUGCAUAUUAAGUUAGAUUUGACUUUGCUUUGUCAAUACAUUGCUGGAUGAAGGGCUGCUCACAUCGUGUCUGUCAUGGCAGUUGUUCAACCAUACUUCACCACGCUGGUAAGUAUAGGUUGAUGAAGGUAGUAGACCUGUUCAGACAUCACUCGGGCACUGAUGUUAGCCAUGGCCACGAAUGAAAGUAAUGCUACCGGGUCCAUCGUGGUGACAGCUAACCACGAGUUUAAUUCCAAGCUACGGAUAACAUUCGUGGCUAAUUAGAUCUGAGACCUCUCUCCUUCAACUCAAGCAAGCCGCCAACGGUGAAAUAUGGUCCAACAAUUCCCAGGACUGUCACAGCGUUGGGGGUGACCUUCAUCCAACAGUAGAUUCAUAAAGUGUUGUAAGUUGUCGUACAUGUAUUAAACGCACAGUGUAAAGCACAUCAAAUUGCAACAUUGCUUAACGUGUUUAAUAUUAAGAACACACCGUAGAAUACUUGGUGUACAAUUACUAAGUCCGCGCAAUCACCUCGUGGAGCAAUGAUCAGUUAGCAGUGUAGCACUUUAGCCACACGCCGUAGAGGUCCGCAUUCACGCAGCACAUUUACAUGAAGCCGCGUAGUGUUAGACUUACACCAAUAAUAUAUAACGUAGACCUGCAAUUACGACGGCCGUCGCGCAGCUCAAUUUUUAAAAAAAUAGAUUCGGAUGGUAUUUUAAACUUUAAGAUGUGAAAUGUUGAUUUGUAGAUGAGCACACAUGAUAGACCACGCAAUAUUCUAAGUCUUACGGCCAAUGCAUCACAAUCAAAUUUAAAAUAAUAUACGCCUCGAGAUUCUUGGCUGGCUGCUGGCUGGGCUCCUCUCCACCCCAACAAUAAUUCGAUUGUUAGUGGCCGUUGGCCGUUGCCACGGAAGCUAGCUGGGUCACUGGCUAACAUGAUUUUCCGUCUAACAAAUGCACAUUGAAUUGCAUUGGAAUGUCGAAAUUAUAUAAGAUAUAUAAUAGAUAGCAACGCAGAACAGGUGGGAGUCAUGAAUACAAAAUGCUGACACGGUUCCUUUAAAAUUGCUCUAACUUUAAAAUGUGUGGUCCUACUGAUGUAAUGGUUUUACCCGGGUAUUCUGUAAAUGCUAGAAAAUAUUUUUUAAAACCUCACAACACAUAGUAUCUUGACAUAUAACGGCGUAAAAAAACAUUAUUUUCAGUGUUCCGACUAAAGGAGGAUUGUGGAAAGAGCAACGGGUUCCCUAUUCGUCAAAAUAACAUUAACAGGGUUGAAAAUGACAAAAAUGUGCCCUAACAAUAAUGUAUUGGAAUUUCACCUUCACAGCUACUGCGUGGUAGUUUUAGUAAAGAUAGUCAUUCUCAUAAUCAGUGAAACUUACUGUGCUAUUGUUUGCAAGUCUCCACGUGGUGUACAAUGUUUAGUUAAUUUAAGAGUGGUUGGUCCAUUGUGAUAUGGGCCUUCGAGUGGGUCUGGCUACUUUAUUCCCACAUGCAUAUCUGCACAACAAAACAUCAACGGAGUAUUUCCUUUCCCAAAAAAAUUGCCAGCAACACGCUCCGGUGGCUCCACGUUCAUUUUUUUAAAACUCACAUAGUACUAGCCAGGAACGUGACGCGAGUAAGGCAGAAGUGCUGUUCUACUUUGCUGUUGUUUUACGAAUUGUCUGAAUACAUGCAUACACUGGCUGUAAUUUGCACUGUUCAAAUGGUUAUCAUGAUAGAUAUAUUUGAAAACAAAUAAACAUAACAACUUGA